AACCAACCAAUGAAUGUCGUAAAGACAACACUUUCACUUCUUUCCUCUCUAUCACCGAACCAACAAAAGAAAUCUCUGAAAAUUAUCUCAGAAUCCCUAAAAUUCACUUUGAAAAAAUGGCAGAAACCGCCGAAACAAUCAACACCACCGUCUCGCAUCCGCAGCCUGAAUCAGAAGACUCCAACACAUUGUCCGCGACGGAAGAUCAGACAUCGGAUGAAACCUCAAAAGCCGCAGAUCUGAAGAAGGAAGAAUCAGUGGCGGAGACGAAGCCAGGAUCCAUCUCGCUCCGCAUCUGGCCGCCGACGCAGAAAACUCGCGACGCCGUCUUGAACCGCCUGAUCGAGACGUUAUCCACCGAAUCCAUCCUCUCCAAGAGAUACGGAACGCUCAACUCCGACGAAGCCUCCGCCGUCGCGAAAUCCAUCGAGGAGGAAGCGUUCGGCGUCGCAUCGAGCGCUGUGUCCGAUGACGACGAUGGGAUCAAGAUCCUUGAGGUUUAUUCCAAGGAGAUUAGCAAAAGGAUGCUUGAGACUGUGAAAGAUCGAUCUGCAGCCACCGCCGGAAACGGGAACGACGAAGCGACGGACGCUACGAAAGACGACCCGGCUCCUGAGGCGGAAAAGAGUGAGGCUUGAGGUUGGGCGAAACCCGUGGGUUUUUAUUAAAAUUGCCACCCUAAUCCUGCUGAACUUGUGGGUUGGGCAGAUUGUCAUUGUCAUCUUCCCAUGCAAAGAACAAGAAGGGAGACUCGCCGGUUCACCGAAAACUUUCAUUUGUUUAAACCGAUCGUCUGGGUAUUCAAACCAAUCCCAAGCCUUUAAAAUUUUUAAAUCCCAGAAAAUGUCAGGCAUGUUGAUUUGAUAUUUGACCAUUUCCCGAUUUAAAAGCCCCAAUAUCUAUGAAUAAGAAUGAUGUUGUAAGAGAUGUUAUUGUCUCUUUAGGAUUUGAUUACACAUGUUUAGUUCCUCCUCGUGGCAGAAGUGGGGGUUUAGCAGUCCUUUGGAAGAAAGAUGUUGUUGUUUCUAAGUUGUAUGAAUCACCAAGACUCAUUGAUCUUUAUGUUCAAUACAAUGGUUUGUAUUUUUA